AUGGCGGCUAAACUCCGAUUUGAAUACACGAACAACAUGGCUGAAUAUGAAGCUUGCAUCAUCGGUCUGAAGAUGACAAUUGAUAUGAAUGUUCAUGAGUUGUUGGUUAUUGGUGAUUCAAAUUUGCUGAUUCAUCAGGUUCAAGGGGAAUGGGCCGUGAAAAACCCAAAGAUCACACCGUAUGUGCGGUAUAUACAGAAGUUGUGCAAGAGAUUUCGCAAGAUUGAGUUCAUACAUACUCUCAGGACACAGAAUGAGUUGGCUGAUGCUCUUGCCACCAUCGCAUCAAUGAUUAAGCAUCAGGAUACAAGUUAUAUUAAUCCAGUGGAUAUAGAGGUGAAAGAACAGCAUGUUCAUUGUUCACACGUCGAAGCAGAACCUGAUGGUUUGCCUUGGUAUUUUGACAUCAAGAAGAAUUUAGAGGACGGGACUUAUCCUGAGAAUGCAACGUUCAACCAGAAGAAUUCGAUACGCCGUAUGGCCCUCAGUUUCUUUGCAAGUGAGGAAAUCAUUUAUAUGAGCACUCCAGAUUUAGGUCUUCUCAGAUGUGUCGAUGCUAGUGAAGCUGCAAAGCUUCUGAAACAAAUACAUGUUGGAACUUGUGGUACUCACAUGAAUGGACUCACUUUGGCAAGGAAGAUCCUCCGAGCCGGAUAUUUUUGGAUGAUUAUGGAACACGAUUGUUGCAAGUUUGUGCAAAAAUGUCAUAAAUGUCAGGUACAUGGUGAUUUGAUUCGAGUUCCGCCUCACGAACUUAAUGAUAUGAGUUCACCCUGGCCAUUCGUAGCUUAG